UGUGCUUCUCGCACUUUGAAAUGAAGGCAACAUGAAUCUUCCGUGCAAUCACAGUGAUUGGGGUUUCCACCAGAAAUCCCCGACGGUGACGGUGGAGGGUUCAUACAGGCUGUGAUGGACGAUCCUCAGCCAUGGCUACAAACAGCGAAUCGAGUGCUCAUCGGGGUCGGUUUGGCUAUUAACACUCCUCUUCUGGUAAUGCGAAUCUAUACUAAGAUUCGUCUAAUGAGAAAAUUUUGGUGGGAUGACGUAUGCUUGAUUCUUGCUUGGAUGUUUUCUCUAGGGACGCAAGCGGUCAUUCUAUAUGGGUUCGGACAUGCAGGCUAUGGCAUCCAUGCUUCGCAACUCCCGCUGUCAGUGUUGAGCACGUAUCGCAAGUGUAUGCUGGCGGCAUCGACUAUAUACGUUCCCGCUCUCGCCUUUGCGAAGCUCGCCUUGCUUAUGCUCUAUUAUCGACUCCUACAGGCGACGCACCCACGAUACAUAUACGCGAUAUAUGCGGUCGGCUUCAUCAUUGCAAGCUAUAGCAUUGCACUUUCCUUAGCGUUGAUCUUCGGCUGCAGCCCUAUUCAAAAGAGCUGGGACGUGACUGUGACAGGCUCCUGCAUCAACAUAAGCGGAGUUUAUCUUGCAACUGCUAUCACGAACACGAUCAGUGAUGUUACAUUGAUGCUGCUUCCGAUCCCCAUUGUAUGGGGUCUCCGGCUACCUGUCAUCCAGAAAAUAGGAGUGCUCUGCAUGUUUGGUGUUGGAUUUUUAACCACCAGUAUAAGUAUCGUUCGCUUAGCAACGCUGAUGCCUCUGGUCACGUCGCAAGAUCAGACGCAUGAUAUCGCUUUAGCAGCUAUCUUCAUCAAUAUUGAAGCCAACACCAUUAUCAUAUGCGGUUCUUUCCCCUAUUUACGUCAAUUCCUGCGAUACCAUGCUCCGCGGUGGAUCGAUUAUAGCCUGAGCUCGCGACGGAAAUACUCCUCGACAGAGUCGCCAUCGGCUCCCGUGCGGAAGCCUGGUCUCACUCAACUCCAGGAUGAUAUUGAAAGGGCGGUCAAUCAUACGGAUGGGAUGGCGAGCGUGGAAGGAAAUAUCGAACGGGGACCCAGAGAAGUACUAUAGCAUUCGUUCGAGUGCAUAAAAACGUACGGUCUAGCUGGGUUCAGAAGUACUACUCGCAGAUUUCUAAUAGCGUAGGGGACGUUGAUAUUGGGGGAAAUAGUUUUCGGGCAUCUAUUUUAAU